AGACCGUUCCCAAUUUGUACAGGUUCGGUUUUUCCCUAUUUUCUCCCAUACCCUUAGUGAUAUUCUAUUUAUUUUUUGACAGAUGAUUGUUCUUGUAUCUAUCCACUCCCUGUUUUUUUUUGGUAUCCAUACAGUGAUUUUUGUUGAAGUUAUAGGGAUUACAAUUUUUUGGGUGUUUUGGUCUCUACUGGGGUGACUUUGGACAGAGGUGUGUCCCACUUUAGAUGUGGUCGAAAAAUGUAAAAGUAUCCUUUUUUAAAUUUCGGGAAAAUUUGUGUUGAUAGCUUUUUAUUUUAUGACAAUUUUCGGUAAAGUUUAUUAAAGAAAACAUUUGAAGUAAAAAUUUUUCUUAUCGUAUAAGAUUUAGAUAGUGAAUGUAGAAGAGGAGGUGGAGCUAAAUUAUAUCGAUAAUUUGUUAAUUGUUCUUUAGAAUCGAUUCUAGAUGGAUCCCCCGUUGAUUGAUUGUGUGUCGGAUGUCAUGGCUUCCUCAGCUACUGAAAGUCAAAGUUUAAAUUUGAUGAAUGGUGAAAUUUUCUUUGUCACAAUCGACGUAUCUACCGAUUCUUACACAUUCUGGAUUGCAGAUUCGUUAACUGGAAGAUAUUUCGACGUAACCACUGCAGAAUUAUUUGUUUGCAAUAUGCCACCCAUGUUUGAUGAGGAGUUUAGUGAUUGUCCUCGUACAAUUUAAGUUUCAAAAUGCCGAGAAAUUAUGUCAGAAAAAGAACCAAACCCCCUCCAUCUGAAGACUUGUUACGUAUGGCAAUUGGGGAGGUUCUGUCAGGCAAAUCAUCUAUUAGAAAAGCCGCAGAGAAGUUCAAUCUUUGUCAUUCAAGUUUAGCGUACUACAGUAAAAGAUUUGCUUCCUGUGGACUACUUCCCCCCCAAAAAGUGAAACGCAGUGAACACUCAACUCAAAUUAUCCCAGCAAAGUACGAAGCUGAAUUGGCAGAAUACUUGAAGAAAUGUACACUGAUUAAACAUGGCCUUUCGCCAAACGAAACACGUGUUAUUGCCUAUUCAUUUGCUACUGCAAAUCGUAUAUCGACGCCACAGAAUUGGUCAAAGCAUGAAAAAGCUUCACAAGAUUGGCUUUCUUUUUUUCUUAAACGCAACCCUACUUUGUCAAUAAGAAAGCCAGAACAAACUAGCCAAGCCAGAGCAGCUGGGUUCAAUAAGCCGGUUGUAGAAAAUUUUUAUGACAAGUUGGACUUUUUAUUUAAAAAACAUAAGUUCAAGCCUCAUCAAAUAUGGAAUGGAGACGAAACAAACACGCCAACUGUUGUGCAGCCUCCCAAAGUGAUCGCAUGUAAAGGAACUAAACAGGUUCAGCAAACUGUGUCUGCUGAAAGGGGGACAAACGUUACCAUGCUGGCUUUUAUCAGUGCUUCCGGUACUACCGUACCACCAGUUUUCGUGUUCCCUAGGAAAAAAUUAUUGCCCCCUAUGUAUGAAAGUGGACCACUAGGAUGCAUUGGACUCGCACACGAUUCUGGGUGGAUGACUGGUCCAAAUUUUUUCAAAGCUCUUCAGCAUUUCCAUGGCUACGUAAAAUCAUCCACAACAAACCCAGUGUUGCUUUUGUUAGACAACCAUUCAAGUCACUUAGAUUACCAGGCGGUAUCUUUUGCAAAAGAAAAUGGUAUCGUCAUACUAACUUUCCCGCCCCACUGUUCCCACGUAUUACAGCCGUGUGACAUAAGUGUAUUUGGGCCAUUUAAAAAAGCUUUUGGAAAAAAUCAGAACGACUGGCUUCAUACCCAUCCUGGAGAAAGGAUAGCAAUUACAAAUAUUGCACAACUUUCAAAUGGGCCGUUUCAAUCAACUUUCACCCAAAUCAAUAUUAUUUCUGGAUUUAAAGCAAGUGGAAUUUUUCCCUUUAAUCGAUUCGCGAUCCCUGAGUGGAGAUAUUUGCCAUCCUUUGUUACGGAGAGGCCAGCUCCAGAAGCAGAUACGUCCUCGUCACUUAAUGAUUCUACAAAUGAUUCAUCACAAAUUCCACAGGAGAAUGUAAUACCGCUCAAUCAAUUGUGCCAAAUGACACCAUCUGCUCCACAUGGAACUUCCUCUAUUCAUAACAAUGGUUUUGAGGUUGGUUGUUCUUUACCAGGGUCCUCUACACAAACCGAUUCAUCACAUUUUACUCUGGAGAAUACAAGAUCACUUAAUCAACUGACGCAAACGACACCACUUACUACACAUGGAACCUCAUCUAUUCAUACCAAUUGUUUUGAGGUCGAUGGUUCUUUACCAGGGUCCUUUACAGAAACCAAUGCAACCGACGAUUCACCACAUGUUCCUCUGGAGAAGAUUAGACCGCUCACCCAAGUGUGCCAAAUGACUCCACUUGCUCCACGGAAAAGAUCCAGCAAUCGUUUAGGGAGUACUAGAAUCAUAACGGAUACUCCAGAAAAAGACAAAAUCGAAGAAGACCAAAGAAGGAAGGAGGAAAAAGAAAAAAAAAAGGAAGAAAGAGAAAGGAAAAAGUUGCUACCUCGGAAUAUUAUGAAGCCAUCAGCAUCAGUCAGAAAACGGAAGAAAAGUGAAACACGUGAAAAGAAAAACAAUGUAUCGAAUGAUAGUGGUGAGGAAUACGUACUGCCAAUCAACAUCAACCAACACAGAACUAGAGCUGGCCGACUUGUUCAGCGAAGGACAAUUACGGAUUUGUAAAAGUUUAUGGUUCUGUCUUCAAAUCAAUUCAUAUGCCUCUCCCACAUAAUCUGUUCAAGCCAUCUAUCAUGCCUUCCAUUUCUUAUCUUUAUGCUCAUAAAUAUUCGCAAAUGUUCUUAAAUUGAAGAAAACAAAGAAAAUGUGAUAAAUUGAUUAAUGAUUGUAAGAAAGCCGUUACUUUUUUACAGUAUUGGUCCAUCCUGUUCGUGGUUCAAGUAAAUGAAAAAAACAAAGAAAAUUUGAUAAUUUAGUUGAUACUUGUUCCUCUUGUUGCUCAGCGUUCUCAGUUCAUCAAAAAAUAAAAUGUGAAAACUGUUUGUGUUACAUAAUACCGCAUUAAAUAUUCAAGUCAAUACAUUUUCG